UAUCUGAUGGUGGUUGCUCGCGAUCGGUUGGAGGACCAACUGAGCUCCGCGCGCUGCGGGGCUCAGACCGGAAGGAUCGCUCCGCUCUUGGCAGAGGAAGCCGGUGUUGUUGACACUUCUACAGGCGACAAUGGCGACCGACGUGAGAGUGGAGCUUGCACAGCUGAUGAAUUCAACUGGAUCUCAUAAAGAUCUUGCUGCCAAAUAUCGACAGAUUUUGGAGAAGGCUAUUCAGUUUACAGAUGCAGAGCAACUGGAAUCCUUGAAGGCCUUUGUUGAAGCAAUGGUCAAUGAAAAUGUCAGUCUUGUCAUUUCGAGACAACUACUCACUGAUUUCUGCACACAUCUGCCCAACCUGCCUGACGCCACAGCUAAAGCAGUGUAUCACUUCACCCUGGAAAAGAUUCAGCCGAGGGUCAUCUCCUUUGAGGAACAAGUAGCUUCAAUCAGACAGCACUUAGCAACCAUUUAUGAAAAGGAGGGAGACUGGAGAAAUGCUGCCCAGGUCUUAGUGGGUAUACCCCUGGAAACAGGACAGAAGCAAUACAAUGUUGACUAUAAGUUGGAUACAUACCUGAAAAUUGCCCGUCUCUACUUAGAGGACGAUGAUCCAGUGCAGGCAGAGGCUUACAUCAACAGAGCCUCAUUGCUUCAGAAUGAGUCCUCUAAUGAACAGCUACAGAUACACUAUAAGGUGUGCUAUGCCAGAGUCCUAGACUUCAGGAGGAAGUUCAUUGAAGCUGCACAAAGAUACAACGAGCUAUCUUAUAAGUCAAUUGUCCAUGAGACUGAACGUCUGGAGGCACUGAAACAUGCCUUAAACUGCACCAUACUGGCCUCUGCAGGCCAGCAGCGUUCCCGUAUGUUAGCCACUCUUUUUAAAGACGAGCGCUGUCAGCAGCUGGCUGCCUAUGGUAUUCUGGAAAAGAUGUACCUGGACCGUAUUAUCAGAGGGAACCAGCUGCAGGAGUUUGCUGCCAUGCUGAUGCCUCACCAGAAAGCCACUACAGGGGAUGGUUCCAGCAUCCUUGACAGAGCUGUGAUUGAACACAACCUCCUGUCUGCUAGCAAACUCUACAACAACAUCACGUUUGAAGAACUAGGAGCACUGUUGGAAAUCCCCCCAGCAAAGGCCGAGAAAAUUGCUUCCCAGAUGAUCACUGAAGGACGCAUGAACGGCUUCAUCGACCAGAUAGAUAGCAUUGUACACUUUGAGACCCGUGAAGCCCUUCCUACUUGGGACAAACAGAUCCAGUCUCUGUGUUUCCAAGUCAACAACCUCCUAGAAAAGAUCCGUGCGGCUGCUCCAGAGUGGGCUGCACAGGCUAUGGAAACCCAGAUGACCCAGUAAACAUCCCCGACCCGCCCAAAAAAAAUCCCCCUAAAGUUUUGUCUUUCUGGUCAAAAACUUCACCACUUCAGUCCCAGUAAUGGAAGCAUCGAAGGAGAAAACUCUGGUAUCACCAUCACUUGUUUAAAUCUUCAGACAACACUGUAUUAUUACUUGCCCAAAGGGUAAAUAGUUAAAUGUUUCUCAUAAUUUCAGAUCUGUUUCUGGCACAGAUGUAUUCACAGGAGGUGUAUAAUGUAACGUUUAGGUGUGACUUACUUGGCAUGUUAAGAAUUUGGAUGUGAUUAUUCAGAGAGUUGACAUGUAAUAGGGUCAAAUAUAAGUGAAAGAUGGUUUGGGAACAACUGGUGUGUUUAAACUUUUUCGUUCCAAAACUUUCUCCUGUCUUUAACUUUAACAUAAUGACACGGCAACAUCUGGCCAGUGGUUCUCGAGUCAUGGCGUCAUUGUAAAAACUUCUAGGUCCACGUUUAUGAAAUUUCAGCAAAGAGAAUUAAAUUGAAAGCGGAGAGAAAUGG